AUGGCAGCUUUCUGGUACCCGUAUAACUCGACGUGCCAGUGUUGGAACAUUGGGUUAUUCAAGGGCAGCUUCACUGCAGCUCAGCAUAAAACCUCCAACAUCACCCUCGUUGACUUUUACGAUAGGCCACCCAGUCCUGCGGUCAAAUUUGGUGUCUUUACCUGCCCAGCUGGUGCGUACAGCGCCAAAAUGUCGACUUACGGCUCCUGUGGCCCUUUGAGUGUCACCCCUGCCAGUGCUCCUUUGGUCAAAGGCACAUCAGCCUUGCUUACUUGUAGGAGCGUUAAGGCAGAGUAUGCAGUCCAGAAUAGUAAAGGGACCUUUGAUUGCUACAAGGGACUGUCAAAAGCCAAGUACCACUAUCAGUACUUGUCGACACUCACUCUGUACGACCUUCUUGACUUUAAAGCACCUAAGGAAAAGAAGUGA